AUGUGUCUGUUGUUUACAAGCUCUGAGAAUCUGCUCUUUGCAGUAUAUGUACUGAUCGCCAGUAAGAUUGCUGGGUUUCUCCAAAUGGAUGAACAAAUUGUGUCGCCUUCUUUGCUCAAGAGACAGAAAAACAAUGUGGACUUACAUUCAGGCCAGGCAGUGGGCGUGGGUAGCUCUAGACCAGCUGUAGAAGUCGAAAGCUCAAUGAUGUCCAGUAGCGAGCCCAAUCAUGAAGCUGAGGGCAAAAGCGAAUGUAUGACGGAGGACGAUUCAUUCUCUUCAUCUUCUGCAAAUAGAAAACCGGCUAUCUCGGUCACCAAAUCACCUCCCACCAGGCUAGACAGAAAGAGCAGCGUAAUGAGCGUCAUUUCGGUCGAGGAGGUGUUUGAAAGUGACGCCACAAAGCCACCGUCGUCACAGUACAAAGGCGUCGUGGCGCAGCCGAACGGCCGAUGGGGGGCGCAGAUUUACGAGAAACACAGGCGGGUAUGGUUGGGGACCUUCAGCGAGGAAAAAGAAGCCGCCAGGGCAUACGACACCGCCGCCAUCAAAUUCCGCGGCCACCAGGCUGUCACCAACUUCACUCCACCCGACGACGCCCACUCGGCGGCUGCCGCCUUUCUGCGCCGCCUUUCCAAGGCCGAGAUCGUCGACAUGCUCAGAAAGCACACCUUCGAAGAGGAGGUCCAAAAGGUAGCAAACCCAUCAACUUUAAACUUAAAUGUUGCGGGUUCGAAUCCCGGCCAAGAAGACACAAAUCUCUACGCCCGUGAGCAUUUGUUCGAGAAGGCCGUGACGCCCAGCGAUGUGGGGAAAUUGAACCGUCUCGUGAUUCCAAAGCAGCAUGCACAGAGAUGCUUCCCUCUGGACGCCGCAAACAGCGAAAAAGGCAUUUUGCUAAAUUUUCACGACUCCAUGGGCAAAAUAUGGCGGUUUAGGUAUUCAUACUGGAGCAGCAGCCAGAGCUACGUGCUCACUAAGGGAUGGAACCGCUAUGUUAAAGAGAAGCGCCUCCAGGCCGGGGAUACCGUGAGUUUCGAGCGCGCCACCGGCGGCUCCGGUCAGCUGUACAUUGGCUUCCGCCGCCGGCCUUGUUCUGUCGCUCCGCCCAAACCGUCGGCUCCCGGUGGUUUUUUCCUCCCUCCACAGCUCAUUAGCUCCUUCGCGGGCUACCGCCACUGGACACAUGUUUUCUAUUCGACCCCACCGGCUCAGCAAAUUUUCAUCGGCGACGGUUCGAUUCCCUUCUCUGCCGCCGUACACAGUCCCUUCUCUACUUUCCCUUCUCUGAAAUCUGCGUCAAUUGACGGGGAGUCAUCGCCGCUGGAAUUCGUUAGCCUCGGAACAGAAUGUGAUCCGUCAUCUUUAUCCUCUUCAUGUGUGAAGCUUUUUGGUGCCAACAUCAGCGGAUCUUCCUCGUUAACUUUAAAUCUUUUUCCGUCGAGUAAUUAGCAAUGCAACGAUUGAAGUCAUGGAAUUUGUGAAGAACUCCAGCAGGCAGAGGAAACGAGGUUCAACUUGUUGUAUUAUUAGGGUGUAACGUUAGAAUGUGAAUUGUAAUUGUAAUUUCUUCUGCACUUAA